AUGGUUGUAUUGACCCCAGAAGAAGUUGCUAAAGCCUUGGUGAAGAGUUACUACUUCCACCUCUGCAAUGAUCGGAAAGAUGUUCACAAGUUCUAUAGGGACUCGAGCAUGUUCUGCCGGCGAGGACCCGAUGAGGUCAUGAACCAGUGGACAACCUUGGAAGCCAUUGAUGAUCAUGUUGUUUCUUACUUUAAUUGUAAGGGGUGUGUUUUAGGUAUUGAUGCUCAAUUAUCUAUAGGCCUUGGAGUUCAUGUUUUGGUCGUUGGUUGCAUGGAUGAUGACAGCAACACCAAGAGGAAGUUCAUCCAAUCAUUCGUCCUGGCCCCUAUGAAUAAACCCAAGGCUUAUUUUAUUUUGAACGAUGUUUUGAGAUUUCUUGAUGAGGAAGAAACACCCAAGACUUUACCAGCUGAUAUUACUGCCCCUAACGAGACUGUUAAAGAAGUUGAGGAUGCUACUGCUACUGCUACUGCUACUGCUGCUGCAGCUGCUGCUCCUCCCAAAGAGGCUUCUCUAACAGCUGUGAAUGCAUUGAAUGAGAACACUGCUCCCGAAGAAGGUGCUAAAGCCUUGGUGAAGAGCUACUACUUCCACCUCUGCAAUUUUCCGGAGCAAGUUCACAAGUUUUACAAGGGUUCAAGCAGAUUGAGUCGGCAAGGACCCAAUGGGGUCAUGAAUCGUUGCACAACCUUGGAAGCCAUUGCUGAUCACUUUUCCUCCUACUCUAAUUGCAAGGACUGCGACCUUCUUUCUAUUGAUGCUCAAUUGUCUAUAGGCCUCGGAGUUCAUGUUGUGGUCAUUGGUUGCAUGACUAUGGACAAUGACGCCAACACCAAGAGAAAGUUCAUCCAAUCAUUCGUCCUGGCCCCUAUGAAUAGACCCAAGGGUUAUUUUAUUUUGACUGAUGUUUUGAGAUUUCUUGACGAGGAAGAACCGCUAAAGACCUAUAUCAAAAGAGUUGAUUCGACUGCUGAACCAAACUCAGAUCCUUUGCCAGCUGAUAUUGUUGCCCCUAGCGAAUCUGUUCAAGAAGUUAAGGAUGCUACUGCUGCUGCUGCUGCUCCGAAGAAGUCUUUUCUAACUAUUGUGAAUACAUUGAAUGAGAACAAUGCUCCGUUCAAGGCUCACCCGGCGAGGAAACCUGGCUUGGGAUGGAAGAAAAACGGAAGGCACGUCGAUACAGAUAAGGGAAAGUCGGUCUUUGUCGGGAACUUGGCCAUGGGUGUAAAAGCCGAAGAACUUCACAGAGCUUUCAGGAAAUUCGGACCGAUUAAGCCAAAUGGGGUUAAAACUAGAUCGGGUAUGCACAACAGAUGCUAUUCCUUUAUCGAAUUCGAGUCUACCAGUUCAGCACAAAGUGCCAUCCAAGCUUCUUCCAUCACAAUUGGCAACCAAAAAGCUUAUAUCCAAGAGAUGAAAAGCAAGCUUCCAUCAGGCUCCAGCAUUGGCAAUGGCAAUGGAGAAGAUAAUCUCACCAGGCACAAUGAUGAACCUGGAAAUUGA